CUGCAAGCUGUGCAGAGACUGUUCCGAAUUUUCUCCAAACAACACCUGUUGUUGAGAGCGGACCUUAUAACUAUGGUCAGCGCCUUACUCUACAGUGUUCUGUUGGGGAUAACACUUUUGACAAGUACAGGUUCUGUACCUACAAUCCUAAUACUGAUGAUUAUGAAAUGCAAGGAUCACAAUAUGAAUGUGGAGCGAUUGAUUGUGGUACACCAAAACAGGCACCAGGCAGUUCUUAUGCUUUGCCGAGUGUUACAACAUUGGGAAGCUUCAUUGAUUUCAUUUGUAAAACUGACACACGUGAAGGGCAAACUCAGGCAGGGUCUGACAGUCGAGUCUAUUGUUUGAAAGAAGGAUAUUGGGACUUUGGAAGCUUGCAGUGUACUGGAGAGAAGUGUUUGGACCCCACAUACCCACCAGAUGGUGAUAUAAUAGCUGAUAGUUUUGCAGACAGAAGCACCGUUAGCUUUAAAUGUCUUAGGCAAGGAUACAGCCUCUCUAAUGAUGUGACCUUGACCUGUAAUAGAGACAACUUCUUUUCUAAUAAUGAACAAGUGCCCACAUGUAGAGACACAGAAAAACCGGUUAUCAACAAUUGUCCAACAACCCCAAUAUCAAUAAGAAAAUACGAGGCUCUGCCACCAAGGCUACCUCAGUUGACAGUCACUGACAACACAGCCGUCCAAAGCUUUACCAUAACUCCUAGCAACGCUAAUACAACUUAUUUUGUAAGCAAUAACUUACAAGUUGUAUAUACUGCAACAGAUUUUGAUGGUAAUGUUGAAACAUGCACAGUAAAUGUUGAAGUAACAGAUGAGGAACCUCCACUAAUAAAUUGCCCAGCAGAUCGUGUUGUGUAUAUGGACACUGAAAAUGAAGAAAAACAAUAUAAUAAGCUGAGCAUUGAAGAUGUUGUACCUCUAAAUCAGAGAUACGAAAUCAAGUCAUUUUUUGUUACUGGUGAACCAGAGAUUCUGAGGACUAACGAUUUGUACAGAACAUACACAUUUACUAUUCAAGUGGAAGACCAGGCUGGAAAUCAAGCAUCUUGCAGGCAGCAAAUUUUUGUGCAGCCACGACCUUGUAGUGACAUCUCUUACCCCACCCCGCUAAAUGCUAAGAAGGAAUGCACUUUCAGUGGAACUACAAGGACAUGUGUAUUAACAUGUGAUGAUUUGUACACAUUUGAAGAUAGUAAGACAAAAACAGUACAAUGUUCUAGCGGAAGUUGGGGCAACACUCCUUGGAUACCAGCAUGUGUGAGAGAUGUAACACCACCGGUUGUUUCUUGUCCAACGUCAUCCACAAAUUCUAAUCUAGAUCGAAGAGGUGAAACUUUCGAAUUUGAUUUUGCGACCAAUCUUGGAAAUUCUGUUGGUGUAACUGAUUUAAACACAUAUGGUAAUGAGCAAUUUAUUCCGGAGAAAUAUACAUUUACUGAGACAGAUCUGUACAGACCAAAGGUGGUAAUAGUUCAAGUGACAGAUACAGCAGGAAACACUGGGUCCUGCAGUUUUGAAUAUACAGCUGUUCCCCCUGUAUGCUCUGAGCUGUCUCUUCUUGCACCUAUCGAUGGAGGUGUUUCUGGUACAAGACGUGCAGCAACAAGUACACGAUCUGCUGGUUGGGAUGUUACAAUUACAUGUAACACUGGUAAAAUUCUAAGAAAUGUUGGUGCUUCAACAACAGUGAGCUGCAAUGAUGGACAAUCAUGGUCUAAUAGUGACAUAUUUCCAAUAUGUAUUGAUGAUAAUGCUGGACCAACUCUGGCUUGCCCAACUUCUGCAAAUGAAAGAAUUACAACAGGAGAUGAUGAAAGGAGGAUUGAUUUUGCUAAUAAUGCUAGAUAUGCUGGAACUGCAACUGACCUCAAUGGUAUUGCUAGCAGAUCAUAUCAACCUGCCUUCAUUGAUGUUAACUUUAAUGCACUAAAUACAGUGAGGCAAAUAUCCCUUACAGUUACUGACAAGGCAGGAAAUCCUUCAGUGUGUUCAUUUCAAGUGGCAAUUAUAGCUGAGGAAUGCUCACCACUGGCGUUACCUACACCAGCUAAUGGAGCUAAAGAUUGCACUGAAACAUUUAAUGGAUGGUCAUGCGAGCUCUCCUGUAAUCCUCACUAUUCCUUCUACUCGACAACACAAAAUACCAUCACAUCAUCCUGUACAAAUGGCGGAGAAUUUGGCACUUACAUACCUGAUUGUGCACGUGAUGAUGAUACUACAAAUAAACAGUUCAUUGGGAAAAUGAGGUAUGAAUAUGUACCAGAAAGCACUUCAAUUACCAGCAUUCCACAAUCAUGUAUAACCGGCUAUAAAACUACAUUGUCAGCUGGUGCACCCUCAAUCCUAGACAGAAUGACAACACGUCUGAAAAAUUCUUGCGAUAACAAUUACGGCCCAUUUAAUGCAGACUUUGUACUUUCGUUCCUACCAGAUAGCACCGAUGUGACUAUUCAAACUAAUGGAAGAACGGUUGAAAUGAUCUUUUCCUACACCAUAGUUUAUAGCGACACUACUAUAUAUGAGAAGUGUGCGACCUCAUUUCUCAAUGAUAUUGAUGGAAUCGGCAGCACUUAUCCUUUGAAUGGUAAUAUUCCAGCCAGUGGAAACUGUCCUGAGUUAAAAUGGGAUCAGGUAGCUGAAGGCGCCGGCCGGGGGUUAUUCUGUGCUGCACCAUUUUUUGCGUCCUUAACUAAUAAUGAACAGUGUGUCCGAUGUCCAGCUGGCACGCAGUCUAACGGAGAAUUUUGCUCAAUAUGCCCAAAAGGUACAUAUAGGACCCUUGCAGGUGCUUCAUGCAUUCAAUGCCCCACUGGUUAUACAACAAGAUAUCCUGGUGCCACAAAUAGUGGAUCGUGUAUCGCCCCUUGUACUGGACAAAUUUCUACAACUGGAUUCAGUCCCUGUUUAAUUUGCCAGAAAGGUAGCUACAGAUCUGACAUUUUGACAUGUCAGUCUUGUGGAUUUGGGCAGACGACAAAUGGAGAUGGCGCCACUAGUCCAGAUGAUUGUGUAUCUAGUACUAUCGAUGAUGUACCAUGCACAAUAGGGACUCAGCUGAAUGGCAACACCUGUGAACCAUGUCAAAUAGGUACAUACAGAAGUGUGAACACAUUAUCCAACACCUGUGUAGCUUGUCCAGCAGCUGGGACAAGCACUUAUAUUAGAGGAGCAACAUCAAGCAGUCAAUGCUAUGCAACAUGUAGACAAGGGUCUACAUCUUCAACAGGUUUAGCUCCAUGUACAGCCUGUCCUGUUGGUCAGUACACUGUAAGUCCAACACAAUGUGAAACCUGUCCAUCAGGUUUAACAACAACAUAUGCCGGGCAGUAUCCUUGUGUCGAGAUUAGUUCACUAAGAAUAAAGUGCCCAAGAGGUACCUCAAGAGAUAUAAAUAACCAGUGUGUAAACUGUGCUGAGGGAACAUACAACUCACAUGAGGAAGGGUCUUGUACCUCCUGUCCUGCUACAAAUGCAACUUUCUUUGCUGGUGCUACAGCAAGAACUAUGUGCAGAUCCAAGUGCCCGCCAGGAUUCUACUCAAGCACCGGGAAGGCACCGUGUACUCCUUGUGGUAUCGGCAGGUAUUCAUCAACAUUCGGAGCCACAGAUUGUACGCCUUGCAGUAUAAAUAAUGAUAUGAUAACCGCCACAACUACAUCAACUUUCGAUUCACAAUGCAUAAGAAAAUGUGAUGAAGGAUAUUUCUCAUUCAAUGGCUAUAAUCAGAAUGGAGCAUGUAGGCAGUGUCCCAGGAAUCACUAUCAAUCCCAGAAAGGGCAAAAUAGUUGUAAUCAAUGUACACAAAGUUCCUCGUAUUCUACAGAAACUGGUUUGACUUCAUCUACCCAAUGUCUUGCUGCUGGUACCCUAUGUAAUAACUACUGCUCCAAUGGAGGUAACUGUGUCAUUAGAAACAAUGAACCAGUAUGUGAUUGUACACCAGGACAAUACUUUGGAACAAGUUGUUCUACUCAAGUUAAUCACUGUAGAUCAAAUCCUUGUUAUAACAACGGAAUUUGUUCAAGCACUGCUGCUGGUUACACUUGUGAUUGUAGAGGUUUUGCCACUGGAACAAGAUGUGAAACUUUGGUGAAAAAAUGCCAAACAGGUUCAAAUCCAAGUUGUAAAAAUGGUGGCCAUUGUAUUAAUAGACUCAAUUCAUUUGAAUGUCUGUGUGCCGAAGGUUUUAUUGGAGAUUUCUGUGAGAGGAGUGCCGAAAUAUGUAACCCAUCACCAUGCAAUGCUGUUGGAACACUCCGUUGUGAAGACGUGAGUCGAGAUUCUAAUUUACGAUACAGAUGUGUUUGUCGAUCCGGAUAUACAGGCGAAAAAUGCCAAGAAGAUGUUGGUUAG